AUGAAGCGCGCCCACGGCGCCGGUGUCCGCGCCGGCGCCGGCGCGGCCACCGCGCCGCGGCGGCAGCGCCGCAAGCAGCUCGACGCGGCCGCGCACGUCCCCGUCUCGCUCGCGCCGGCCGCGAGGGCCGCCGCGCGGAGCCGCGGCGCCCAGCGGCUCCAGAGCCUGAGCCCGAAGCCGAACCUGAGCCUCGGCCCCAACCAGAACCCGAAUCCGAACCCGAACCCGAAGCUGAGCCUGAGCCUGAGCCGGAGCCGGCUCGGGCUCGGGCUCCGGCUCCGGCUCGGGCUCGGGCUCCGGCUCCGGCUCCGCGAGGGCGCGCAGGACCGCCGCGGCCUUCUCGUGGCCCUCGCGCGCCGCGUACAUGGGCUGCCGACGCUCAGCCCCGUCCUGUCCUUCAACUGCACGACCUACGACACGCGCGUCCAGGUGCUCCAGGUCGACGACGACAGCGACAUGUACGGCGUCGCCAGCCUCGAGGUGACCACGGGCGAGUACGACAUCCUCUGGGACGUCGACUGGUUCGACGGCCACGUCAACGCCGUGGGCCUCUACGCGCCCGAGGGCGAGGGCACCUACGCCUGGGGCUCCUUCGGCGGCUGCCUCUGCAAGCUCUACCGCGUCCGCGCGCAGCGCCUCGACGCGCCCCUGGAGGAGGAGAAGCCGAACGUCGACGCGGUCCUGGGCGGCGGCGACGACUACUCCAAGGACGUCGGCCGCGACGAGCGGUGCUUCUACUGGGUGGAGAGCAUCCUCGACGACGAGCCCGUGUCCCGCUCGGGCGUCGAGUUCCUCGUCUCCGAGGACCUGUACGAGGAGGCCGUGCUCGACGUCGCGACGGUCACCGAGACCGGCGGCCAGGUCUGGAUCGACGACGACCUCGUCGACGGCCAGGUCUGGAUCGACGACGACCUCGUCGACGGCUCCUACCUCUUCCGCCUCGGCGAGGCCUUCGAGAUCUUCGUGGGCAAGAUCAUCACGGGCUCGGGCUACCCGGAGACCUACGCGGACGGCGACCAGGAGUUCGGCGCGGCCUUCACGUUCUACGACCCCCAGGGCGACGUCCACGUCCUCUUCUCGUCGAACCAGGGGUCGGGCGUGUACGAGCUCGCGCUGCCGAUCGCGAUCCCCGACGGCUGCUGGAACACGGGCGUCGACACGUCGUCGCGCGCCGGCUGCUCGGCCGCGGGCGCGCAGCCCAUCAACUACAUCGACCCGUCGGACGAGACGGACAGCAACGACGGCAUGGACUGCCCCUACGACCUCGAGAUGUUCGUCCCGUCGGCCGCGCCGACGCGCGGCCCGUCGUUCUCGCCCAUCGAGCCCUUCGACCGCGCCGCGCACAGCAACCCGGUCCAGGUGCUCCAGGUCGACGACGAGAGCGACAUGUACAGCGUCGCGGAGCUCGACGUGGCCACGGGCGAGUACGAGGUCCACGGGCGACAAGCCUCUCGUUUGGCCAUGGCGUGCCUGACGCACGUGCGCCGCAAGGGCGUCCGCAGCAUUCUCCAGGACGUUUGGGCGCACCCGAACGACGUGGAGCUCAGCAACGCCAUGGAGGCCGCGCUCUGGUGCACGGUCAUCCGUUUGCCCGCCCUCCUCCUCUGUAACCCGCAAGCGGCGGUCGGGCCGCUCUUCUUCGCCAUGUUCCGCGACGACUACUCCGCGCGGCGCUUCCAGAUCUUCAAGGACCGCAUCGAGCGCGAGGCGCUGCUCCGCGCCCUCGACAUCGACCGCUCGGCGCCGCGCCGCGCCCUCGACAUCGAGCGCUCGGCGCCGCGCCGCGCCCUCGACAUCGAGCGCUCGGCGCCGCGCCGCGUCGUCGAGGUCUCGCGCUCGCCGCUGUACCGCGCCCUGCGCCGCAUCGAGGACGCGGCGCCGCAGGAGAAGCACCUCGUCGAGUUGACCCAGGAGGAGCGCUACAUGCUCCACGCGCACAUCGAUACCCUGACCACGGGAGAGGAGCUCAAGGCCUGCUGCGUCGCGUUCGGCUUGCCGCCCGACGGCGGCCCAUUCCGCUUUGGGUUACCCGCCGCGCGACUCAAGGACUUUGUCGACGGCCGGCCUGCGAAGAAGCGCCGCCUCACCUAA